AUGGCAAGCCCGUUUAAUCCUUUUGCUGCGGCCCGCGGCCAACGCGGAGGGGCGCAAGGCGCGCAAGGUUCAACAGGGCGUGGAAGAGGAACAACGGCGGGAUAUUCAUCAACGUUUGCGCCAAGGGGAUCGAGUGCGCCGCGGGCGGGGCGGGCUCGUGGCCGUGGAAGAGGGUCGGCGACAUGGACUGCUCGGGGACGGGGGCGUGGGGCUGCACAUGGCACUCAACACGGAGCGCAUCAAAACGCGGAAGGAAUAAAAGCGAAUGGGGAACAAUCGCCGUUUGCGCAAAGUCAGAAACCAGUCGCUUCGCCUUUUGGAGCGCAGCCUACCCCGUCUCCUUUCUCCAAACCACCAAACGGGGCUCCAACUUCAACCUUUGCCAAACCCUUCACCAAACCUACACCCGCCAACCCUUUCAAUCAACCUGCCAAAAACAUGGCCCAUCAAAGUCCUGUUACCAUGGUACCUCAAGGCCCUGUGCCCGUGGAGGAUGCCUCUACUUUGAACAGCUACCAAGAACGUUAUGAUCAACUUAAAAUUGAUCGUGCAGCUCAACGCCAGCAAGCGAUCAAAGACGGUCAGAUGGCGGACCCAAACCAGCCGACCUCUUUGAACCAGGCCAUUACACCUGUGGGCACAUGCACCAGUAUGUGCCCCGAGUUUGAGAGCGUGGAGCGUAUUGUACAAAAGAUGGUCGACAAGUGCGAAAAGUACCUGCAUCCAUCAACCAACCAACUCCAAAACAUGGAAACUAAGAUGUUGAAACGCUUCCGACGCUCUGCAGCUGGAUAUGACGAGCAAUUGCCUUCUGACAUCCGGACCCCAGACACGCUUCUGCAGACCAUGAACUACCUCAUGCGUUACGUCCUCGACGGAAAGGAACCUUUGGCCAUUGUCCACAAGUUUGUUUGGGACCGGACGCGCUCCAUUCGGAAUGAUUUCUCGGUGCAGCAACUUACGCAGGAGGCAGAUGUGAAGGUUGCAGUGACUUGCCUCGAACGAAUUGCGCGAUUCCACAUCGUUUCGUUGCAUCUGCUUUCGAGUCCUGAAAAUUCCGAGCCGUUUGACCGUCACCAAGAGCGAGAGCAGCUCAACAAUACCAUGUUGUCUCUCAUGUACUACUAUGACGACAAUCGAGGCCGCAUUCAGUUCGCCAACGAGGCCGAGUUCCGUGCCUACUACAUCUUGUUCUCUAUUCAUGAUCAACGACCUGAUCUCGAAGCUCGUGUCCAGAAGUGGCCUCCUGACCUUCUCGCCUCUCCCCGGGUGCAGGUGGCUUUGGAGCUUUUCGCUGCCGCUGGUAACACUUGGGAGUCUCAAGGCGCGCUGGAUGCUCGCCGGCCUAAUGCUGUCGCCCAAGGGUUCUACACUCGGUUCUUCAACAUCAUCAAUUCCAAAAGCGUGUCUUAUCUCAUGGCUUGUGUCGCUGAGGUCUACUUCAACCACAUUCGCCAGACAGCCAUCCGUUCAAUUUGGAAAGCCUACUGCCGGACGCCCCAGUCCCAGCAAUCCAAGAACGACCAAUGGACCGUUGGGGAAUUGACCAGCGUUUUGCUUUUCGAUGAUGAUCAGCAGACCAUCGAAUUCUGCAAUUCUCAAGACCUGCAGUUUGCAGAGAAUGAUCAAGGUAGCAUUUACCUCGACUGGGGUGAUCGCCACGUUGACUCUGUGGAAUUCUCUCCCUCGACCGAUCACUCUUUCUCUGAAACCUACGUCGAAUCGAAGCGCGCAGGACGCAAUCUUGUGGCCAUCAUACUUGGAAUGUCCAUCAACCAAGCCGCCUCUAUGGGCAUGAUCGACCGCACCAAGGUCCCGGCACGAAGAAUGGGUCCGUCCCAGAAUGGUUCAGCGGAUGACUAUCAGAGUUCAGAUUCUAUGGUUGAUGAAUCACCAAUCGAACUCGCCGAAAAUGCAUCUCAAAAGCCUGACCAGUCUAUAUCGACAAGCUUCGCUUCUCCCUUUCAGGGACUCGGGGGCGGUUCCCAAACUGGAAGCAUAUUUUCUGCCCCGUCUGCCGAAUUCAAAACCAGCAACCCGUUCGCUCAACAACCCGAUCCUGCUGCGGCCCAGUCGUUGGGAAACCCAUUCACAAAGCCAGCAGAGGCUAACAAGACCGCGACCGCUCCUGUCACCGAGGGCGUGGUGAGCUCGCCAUUCAACCAAAUCCCAUCUCAACCUGCCCCCCCAAAGGAAAAGGCUUUCUUCGGCUUCUCAAAUCCUUUUGCUAAUAAGGCAUCAUCAACCACCUCAAACAUCUUCGCGCCCCAACCACCUACACUUCCUCAAACGGAGACGCCCCAACCGGCUACAGCUACGUCGUCUACCCUCUUUUCAUCCACCAGCUCCAACGCCCCGUCCAUUUUUCCAAAACCAGCCACAACCUCUAGUACCAACUUUUUCUGUCAACCUUCUUCCCCGUUCUCAUUCGCCAAUCCGUUAGAAGCAACCCGGAAGACAGAUGCUUCCACAGAGGCAACUCCGGCAGUCUCCUCGCCCUUUGCAUCAAACAGUCCACCGCUCAAUCCCGCGGCGUCCACACUUUUCAAGCCUUUCAGCGCACCGCCAGCUCCUUCGGAAGCUAAAAAUCCCUUUGAGGGACUUUCUUCCUUUGCUUCGGGCAGCUCGACUACAUCUUCUGCUUUCCCUACCUUAUCAAAGGCAUCUGAAUCGAAUCAGUCGACCGAGUCAGCUGAAGUGACCGCUUCCGCACCAUCCGCCUUAUUCAAGUCUGAUAGUGCCUCCAAAGACUCGUCAACGACGUCCAAGAAUCCGUUUGGCUUUUCGCAGCAGUCAUUCCCCGCUGUAACUCCUGCAAAUCCUACGCCUUUCGCUGCUCCUCCAGGGGCUUCGUCCCUGUUCUCUUUCACUAAAGCCCCCGAGGCCACCGAAGAGCCAAGUGCAAUCAAACUAGAAGAGAAGAAGGCAGAGCCGUUUUCAUUUGCGCCCGCUCAGAACCAAACUCCAGCGAAAGAUUCAAUAUUUGCUCUCCCAAACGCACCGGAACCGAGCAAAGAACCCGAGACCUCUGCCCCCACCGAACCGGCACCCGCGAAGCAGCCUUUUGUCUUCGCGCCCCCACCAACGGAAAAUGUACAGAAGAAGGCUGAGCCAUUCACGUUUCCAUCGACCAAUACUCCAUUCGCGGCAAAGGAUUCUCUCUUUGCGAAGCCCAAAGCCGAAGAGCCCAGCGAGGAACCCCAAAGCUCAGAUCCCGCUGUCACGGCAUCUGAGAAGCAGCCUGUUAGCUUUUCUCAGCCAUCGUUCAAACCAGCUCAGGGUGAAACCUCCUCUUUCAGGAGUUCUGCGCCAGCACAGGUCCCAGCUCCAAGACCCCUGCAACCCGAAGAGUCGGCUUCUGUGUCAGCGCCUGAGCCAGCUACGGUUCCUCCAGCCAGUCGGUCUGUUUCAGGCACUCGCCCUCCAGCUUACUCGCCGCCUCGGACUCUCUUCGAAGCCCUUCGACAGCCAAAGAUCUUCGACGCCAAAUCGUCUACCUACUCACCCUUCCAACCGCCUGUCAAUCAAUCGCCUCUGUUUCAGGAUAUGACCCCUGCUGUGGGAUCUGACCAGCAAAACUCACUGAAGCGUCAACAUGACUCCACCAGUGCUGAUACCUCUCAGCACCAGAUGCGGUCGUCGAUAAAGGGAAGUAGCGCUGCUGCCCCAUCUGAUCAAUCGUUGCGACGCUCCGUUCAUUUCGAAGAAACUCGUGAGAACCAGCCAUCCUCUUCAAAGAAGCCCCGAGUGUCUUCCGUGCGCAAGAGCUCCGACACUCCCCAGAAGAAGCGACAAAUGGAUGAAGAAAGCAAAAACCCGAACGAGGAGCAAGGCUCGAGCUCUAAGCUAGCCAAAUUCUCUGUCUCCGAUGAACACACUCCAUUCAAGUUCUCUGUGUACGACGCCGAGAACCGUCAAGUCCCAAAGUUGCCAAUUCUGGAGAAGCUCGAACAGAAAUUAGCCGAGGUCAAAACCCUCUGCGAGCCCAAGCCCAUGACCAAGGAGCAACUGGAGUACGUCGAGCAGGAGAGACUGCGUCGUGCUCGCGAAGUCGACCAAGAUGAAAUCGCCCUUUCCCGCGCCCGAAUCCUAGCUCAACAACUCAAAGACGGCCCUGGAAUUUUCGACGGCUGGACUGGUCCCGUCCGCAAGCCCUGGGAUGAUCCCAACUGGAACCCCGCGGCCCGCAUUCUGGAAAAGUAUCGAUCCCGAAUUCCCGCCCAACUCCCUUCUAGGCCCUUACCACCGAAGCUAAUCUUGACCCACUCCUCCAGUGGCCGACCCCAGGUUUCGUACGCACCCGAUACCCCUCUACGACCAAUGUCACGUACUGAGCGACGCAUUCGAUACACCGGCGCCCAUGGCUUGGCCCAUGUGCCAUUGGACUUCCAGCGCGGACGGAGAGCGGAAACGAGUAUGAGUUCCCGUCAGCAGAAGACCUCUCAGGAGGGCAAUGAACGAAAGGAUGGUGAGAAGGAUGGGCCCUCUGAGAGUAGCUAG